AUGGGCUGCUGUUGCAGCUCGGACUAUGACGAGGACUGGAUCGAGAACAUCGACAUUUGUGAGCACUGCAAUUACCCCAUCGAGCCCAACAGCAAGCGCCAGAGGCGGAUCCGCAACGGCGCCGAGGUGCAAGACCCCCUGGUGUCCUACGAGGCCACAUCUCCGCCGUGCUCCCCCCUGCAAGAUAAGCUGGUGGUGGCCUUGUACAACUACGAGCCCAAGCACGAUGGGGACCUGGGGCUGCGGAAGGGCGAGAAGCUCCGCAUCCUGGAAGAGAGCGGGGAGUGGUGGAAGGCGCAGUCGCUCACCACCGGCCAGGAGGGGUUGAUCCCCUACAACUUCGUGGCCACGGUGAACAGCCUGGAGCCUGAGCCGUGGUUCUUCAAAAGCAUCAGCCGCAAGGAUGCGGAGCGGCAGCUCCUGGCGUCGGGCAACACGCACGGCUCCUUCCUCACCCACAUGGUCCCACGUCUCCCAGGCUCCUACUCACUGUCAGUGAGGGACUUCGACCAGAACCAGGGCGAGAUGGUGAAGCACUACAAGAUCCGCAACAUGGAUAAUGGCGGGUACUACAUCUCCCCCCGCGUCACCUUCAGCAGCUUGCAUGAGCUGGUGGAGUAUUACACACGCAGCUCCGACGGGCUGUGCACNNUGGCCAGCACCGCUAUUGCCACGCAUCCCCCAGCCGUGCCCGCUGAUGGGGUCCCUCUACCCCGUCACGCUCUGCCCCAUCUCUCCGCAGGUUUCUACAAUGGUCACACCAAGGUGGCCAUCAAAAACCUGAAGCAGGGCAGCAUGUCACCCAGCGCCUUCCUGGCAGAGGCCAACCUCAUGAAGAACCUGCAGCACCCGCGGCUGGUGCGGCUCUACGCCGUGGUGACGAAGGAACCCAUCUACAUCAUCACGGAGUACAUGGAGAAGGGCAGCCUCGUGGACUUCCUCAAGACCUCGGAAGGAGUCAAGCUCACCAUCAACAAACUGCUGGACAUGGCCGCGCAGAUCGCCGAAGGCAUGGCUUUCAUCGAGGCCAAGAACUACAUCCACCGCGACCUGCGGGCUGCCAACAUCCUCGUGUCAGACACCCUGUGCUGCAAAAUCGCCGACUUCGGGCUGGCCCGCCUCAUCGAGGACAACGAGUACACGGCUCGCGAGGGGGCUAAAUUCCCCAUUAAGUGGACGGCACCAGAGGCUAUUAAUUAUGGGACUUUCACAAUCAAGUCUGAUGUCUGGUCGUUCGGCAUCCUGCUCACAGAGAUCGUCACCUACGGCCGGAUCCCGUAUCCAGGGAUGACCAACCCCGAGGUGAUACAGAACCUGGAGCGCGGUUACCGCAUGCCGCAGCCGGACAACUGCCCGCAGGAGCUGUACGAACUGAUGAUGCAGUGCUGGAAGGAGCAGCCUGAGGAACGUCCCACCUUCGACUACAUGAAGAGUGUCCUGGAGGACUUCUUCACCGCCACCGAGGGCCAGUACCAGCAGCAGCCAUGA